AUGGCGCUCAAACUGAAGCCUGCUCCGUCUCCUCCUACCUUCUCUUGGGACAGCCCGUCAGAAUCAUCCUCCUCUGAUGUGGCGUCGCCGCCCUCACCGCCUACAGCAUGGCUGUCCGCGCGAGACAUGAAGGUAUUUGGCUCCGAGCCACUCAAACCUGAAGUUGGCGUGGUCAAAUGCAAGGACUGCGGCAAGCCUGUGCUGCAGAGCUCAGCGGCUGAGCACGCGGAUAAUUGCAAGCGGAUACAGAACGAGGAGGCGAAGAAAGCUGGGAAAGGAUCGACUGCAGAGCUUGAGGAAAGCCCGAAGAAGGGCAAGAAGCGUAAAGCGGACGAAGUUGAUUCGCCAGAGGAUCCGAAUCAGCCCAAGAAGAAGAAGACCACUGCAAAGGUCACCAACAGGCGCUUCAAAGGCCCUGUCGAUUAUGACAAACAGUGCGGUGUCAUAAACGAUAAAGGCCUCCCAUGCUCGCGCUCCCUCACCUGCAAGUCCCACUCUAUGGGUGCCAAGCGCGCUGUCCAGGGCCGAUCGAAGCCCUACGACGAGUUGCUGCUAGAAUGGAACCGGGCUAACAACCCGAACUGGGUUGAACCCGUCAAGAAAGAAACGAAGCAGGAGAGGAAGGAGAAGAAGGAGCGAGAGAAAGCAGAGAAGAAGCGCCAGGCGCUGGAACAGGCUGCGGCCGCGGGUAUCGACAUCACGAAGAAAGGCGCGCUUGCCACAGGCCCGAAGAAAGGGAAGAAAGCAGCCGCUGCCGCUGCUGCGUCUUCCGCUGUUAUCGUCGGCGAUGUCGAUGACAUUGACGAGAACCUGGAUGACAUCGACUCCGAAGCCGAGCUGGACUCCCUCGUUCGCGCAGUGCGAACGGGAUACGACAAGGGAGUCAUCGGCCAGCCGCUUGCACUUCCGUACGAUGCCGGUUCAUGGUUUGUUGCGAGGCGAGAGCGGCUGCGGAAUUGUAGGGACCUAUUGGCAAAUGCGCUUGCGCCCAAUGCCAGGAGUUCCAUAGCUGCGGGGGUCGCUGGUGCUCGAAUGGGUUAAUCCUAAAUGCCCCAGACUUACUCGAGCACGGCAGAGUUGAACUGUCUCCCGAAACCUUGACGGAUCGUCUGCUCGUCCGAGGACAUACCAUGCUCUCGUAAAUUACCCUAAUUAUUCUGCCACUUGUACUCUUAUUGUACAUCAUGAUAUUAAUAUUUAUAAUAUACGCUGGCCUCCUCGACACUGG